GUGGAUCGCGGCUGGAGCCGCCAUUGUUCCGCCAAGGGAGGUCAGCGGGGCCUGGCGCCGAGACGCCGCUUAGCGGCCGCCACUGGAGACACUCCCUCCCGCCGCCCCCCUCCUCCUGGCGGCGGUGGAGUGAGGCUGACAAGGGGGGACAGGGAGCCCCCUCUCCUCCUGGCGGCGACAGCGGCCGAUCCCCGGCUCCGGCGCGAGGGGCGGCCGCGAUGCGCUCGGCCUGAGGCAGGCGGCUCGGCCCUUCCUGGCUCCCCGUGACUGUUCCACGGCGUCUCUGCGGCCCAGCGUCAUCCCGCGAGUCCCUCUGACAGGAGGGAAGAUGGCUGCACCGAGCUGGCUGGACGAGCUGGCCCAGCGGGCCGAGGAGGCCUCGGCCCGGCUGCGGGAAAUGCUCUCGGUCGGCCUAGGCUUUCUGCGCACCGAGCUGGGCCUCGACCUGGGGCUGGAGCCGAAGCGGUACCCGGGCUGGGUGAUCCUGGUGGGCACGGCCGCGCUCGGGCUGCUGCUGCUCUUCUUGCUCGGCUACGGCUGGGCCGCGGCUUGCGCCGGCGCCCGCAAGAAGCGGAGGAGCCCGCCCCGCAAGCGGGAGGAGGCGGCGGCCGCGCCGGCCGCGGCCCCUGACGACCUAGCGCAGCUGAAGAAUCUCAGGAGCGAGGAGCAGAAGAAGAAGAACCGGAAGAAAUUGCCCGAGAAGCCCAAACCAAAUGGACGGACUGUUGAAGUGGCUGAGGAGGAAGUUGUCCGAACUCCUCAAGGUGUAACAGCAAAGCAGCCGUUAGAGACAGACAAGAAAAAUGAAAAGUCAAAGAAAAAUAAGAAGAAAUCAAAGUCAGAUGCUAAAGCAGUGCAAAACAGUUCACGCCAUGAUGGAAAGGAAGUUGAUGAAGGAGCCUGGGAAACUAAAAUUAGUCACAGAGAGAAACGACAGCAGCGUAAACGUGAUAAGGUGCAGACUGAUUCUGGUUCAUUGGAUUCAACUAUCCCUGGGAUAGAAAAUACCAUCACAGUUACCACCGAGCAACUUACAACUGCAUCAUUUCCUGUUGGUUCCAAGAAGAAUAAAGGUGAUUCUCAUCUAAAUGUUCAAGUUAGCAACUUUAAGUCUGGAAAAGGAGAUUCUACACUUCAGGUUUCUUCAGGAUUGAAUGAAAACCUCACUGUAAAUGGAGGAGGCUGGAAUGAAAAGCCUAUAAAACUUUCCUCACAGAUCAGUGCAGGUGAGGAGAAGUGGAACUCUGUUUCACCCACUUCUGCAGGCAAGAGGAAAACCGAGCCAUCUGCUUGGGGUCAAGACACUGGAGAUGCUAAUGCAAAUGGAAAAGACUGGGGGAGGAGUUGGAGUGACCGUUCAAUAUUUUCUGGCAUUGCUGCUUGGUCUAGUGUGGAUAGGGGAAUGAAUACCUCUGAACAGAAUUCUGCUUCUUUUGCAUCUCUCACACUUAACUCUGCUGUUUCUGGGUCUACUGCUGAGCCAGUUUCUCAGUCUACCACUUCUGAUUAUCAGUGGGAUGUUAGCCGUAAUCAGCCCUAUAUCGAUGAUGAAUGGUCUGGGUUAAAUGGUUUGUCUUCUGCUGAUCCCAGCUCUGAUUGGAAUGCACCAGCAGAGGAGUGGGGGAAUUGGGUAGAUGAAGAAAGAGCUUCACUUCUGAAGUCCCAGGAACCAGUUCCUGAUGAUCAAAAAGUUUCAGAUGACGAUAAAGAAAAGGGAGAGGGAGCUCUUCCAACCGGGAAAUCUAAAAAGAAAAAAAAGAAAAAGAAGAAGCAGGGUGAAGAUAACUCUCCUGCACAGGAUACAGAAGAAUUAGAAAAAGAGAUUAGAGAAGAGCUUCCAGUGAAUAGCUCUAAAGUCCGUCCAAAACAGGAAAAAUCUUUUUCUUUGAAGACCAUAAGCACUAGUGAUCCAGCUGAAGCACUUGUCAAAAAUAGCCAGCCUAUCAAGACUCUUCCACCUGCUGUUUCUACCGAGCCAUCUGUUACUUUAUCCAAAAGCGACCCUGACAAGAGCUCUUCCCAAGUGCCACUGAUGCUGCAAGAGACAGACAAAGCCAAGUCGAGUACUAAGCAAAAUAGUGUGCCUCCUUCACAGACCAAGUCUGAAACUAGCUGGGAAUCUCCCAAACAAAUAAAAAAGAAGAAAAAAGCCAGACGGGAAACGUGAAUAUUUUUUUUCCUGAAUUGGACAUGUGUUUGCAAACACUGUCUUGAAGAUUAUGCUGUUUAUGCAAUAAUUUGUGAACAUGUACAGAGUUUUAUAUAAAUUUAAGCCAAUUUUUAAAACAAAACUGUGAACACAACCACCGUAAAAAUGGAAUCAAAGGAAAGUUAAUUUAUGAAAUUAAGAGGUCAGCAGAAUAUACUACAGUGCUGGAAGACACUUGGGGAAAGUCUUUUCCAUUUAACAAGAAUGAUCUUAAGAAUAUUAUCCUGGUUUUACAGCAGUGCCCUGUUUACAACAGAUUGUGCCCUAUCUCAUCUGCAGCUGAGGAAUAAAGGAUUUUGAUUAGAAAGAGGGUUGCCUACAAAUCAGCAGGCAGCUUCUUGGAUCUUAUGCACGGAACUUAUACCAUUUGAGUCUGUUUUAUGCUUAAAUCAAAGUGCUUUGAUCAUAUGCAUAAUCUGCCAUAUCUUUACAUAUUUGUUGGUAGCAAUUUGUAUUAAAGGAAUCACAAGUGCAAAUAAAAAGUCGUUUAUCGUUUGUUUAACUAAACUGUCAUGGUUUAGUUUACAAUUUUUAAAAAGUUCUUAAUUAAAACAUUGAAAAUGCAGUAGACACUUGUAUGGCUUAUCAAGUUAGUUUUGAUAGUCUUAUGUUACUUGAAUUGUUCAAAGUACAGUAUAUUUUAAAUUAAGAAAGGUAAACUGUAUUUGUUUCAUACUUUUAGGAUUCAGACUCACAAACAAUGCUCUUGUUUAUGAUUUGAAAGCUUUCAGGCAAAAUCCAACGUAACAUUUUUCCUUUCCCUAGCAAUUGCUUUUUUCCAGCGUUAACUCUUCUUCAUUACUAAUACUUUUUGACUUUAAAAAUUAAAUCUUUCACAAACUAGUUAUACAGGCAAAAACUUUGAGUAUAUGAUGGAGAAUGAAAAACUAGAGUCAGACAGCUUUAAUUGACAUUGUCAAGACCUCCAGUUAUCAGGAAUACAUUUUUUUACUGCCUUAACCUGUAGUGCGUAGAAUAUGCAUCAAUUUCUUGAAGGGGAUUCAUGUUUUUAUAAGAAUUUUCAUGUAAUUAUUGCAAUUGUGGUCAAAUAAGGAACGUUUCCUGCUUGAAACUGUAUUGAUUUAAAUGAUGUGUGAGAUGUUUCACCAUUUUCAGGCACUGUGUAAUUUUAUUGUAAUAAACUGGCAGGUAUCUUUGUAACUAUAAAUAGUGCAUGUUCAGCCAUGUACACUGUAAAUAGCCUUUACCAAACAUGUUUGACAAGGACCAUAAUUAACAUCACUUAGGGAAUUGUGAUAAAGAAAAAAAGCCAUGAUAUAUUGGAUGUGAUUGGCUUAAUUGUUUUUAUGUGGCAGCAAGAAUGAACCGUUUAACAGCUGUAACCAAUGGUACUGAUCUAGCCAUCCAGUGUUGUCUUUAUUAUAUUUAAUUGUGGUUUGAUAGUAUUGCAUUGUCAGACUAGGAAAGCUAAAAGAAACAAAAUGGUUUUAGUUUUGCUGAAGACUGGCCUUAUUAAUGGACAGCUUUCCUAACAAGCGAUUAUUAACUAUGAUCAGGUGUUAACAUCUGUUUCAGGAACAUGGCAGUAUGUUUACAUGUCAGAAGUUUUGUUUAUGAUAUUUCUAAAUUGAUUUGUUUAAAUAAAUUCAGCAAAUGGA